AAGAGGAAGACUUAUGAGGCAUGGAACACUGCAUCAGGUUUGGAAGAAAGUAGAGUGAACACAGAGAUGCCAGACUGCCACCAAAGCCCAUGGACAAUUCCGCAUUCACACUUUCCUAUCGAACUUUAAGACUUACUAGUAAUAUGCUGCCUUUGGGGAAAAAAAACAAACUAGUGCCAAGAAGGUGUAUUCUUCAGUAUUUGGAAUAGACCUGCUCACAAAACAAUGGCUUCAAAAGUCUCCUGCCUGUAUGUUUUGACGGUCGUGUGCUGGGCCAGCGCUCUCUGGUACUUGAGUAUCACUCGCCCUACUUCUUCCUACACUGGCUCAAAACCAUUCAGCCACCUAACAGUUGCCAGGAAAAACUUCACUUUUGGCAACAUAAGAACCCGACCUAUAAACCCACAUUCUUUUGAAUUUCUUAUAAACGAGCCCAACAAAUGUGAGAAAAACAUUCCUUUCCUUGUUAUCCUCAUCAGCACCACCCACAAGGAAUUCGAUGCGCGCCAGGCCAUUCGAGAGACAUGGGGGGACGAGAACAACUUUAAAGGUAUCAAGAUAGCCACCCUCUUCCUUCUGGGCAAAAAUGCAGAUCCUGUUCUGAAUCAGAUGGUAGAACAGGAGAGCCAGAUCUUCCACGACAUCAUUGUGGAAGACUUCAUUGACUCCUACCAUAACCUGACUCUCAAGACAUUAAUGGGGAUGAGAUGGGUAGCCACUUUUUGUUCAAAAGCCAAGUACGUCAUGAAAACAGACAGUGACAUUUUUGUAAACAUGGACAAUCUUAUUUAUAAACUACUGAAACCCUCUACCAAGCCAAGAAGAAGGUAUUUUACUGGUUACGUCAUCAAUGGAGGGCCAAUCCGGGAUGUCCGCAGCAAGUGGUAUAUGCCCAGGGAUUUGUACCCAGACAGUAACUACCCACCAUUCUGUUCAGGGACUGGCUAUAUCUUUUCAGCUGAUGUGGCUGAACUCAUUUACAAGACCUCACUCCACACUAGGCUGCUUCACCUUGAAGAUGUAUAUGUAGGACUAUGUCUUCGAAAGCUGGGCAUACAUCCUUUCCAGAACAGUGGCUUCAAUCACUGGAAAAUGGCUUACAGUUUGUGUCGGUAUCGCCGAGUUAUCACCGUGCACCAGAUCUCUCCAGAAGAAAUGCACAGAAUCUGGAAUGACAUGUCAAGCAAGAAACAUCUCAGAUGUUAGGAUUUUUAAUCAAUGUAAAUAUGUUUCUUUUCUUUUUUUUUUUUUUUUAAGAAACGGGGCCCAAGGCAUUGGCAUUUUACAGGUGUCACCAGGGGAAGUGGACUGGUGAAGGGGUUUUGUAAAGUUUUUGCUUCCUGCUCCUAGUUCCUUUCUUGGAUUACCGAUUGACACAUUUUAGGCUCUGAUUAUAGAAACAAUAAAUGAGUUAGAAGGGCCAGAUUUCACCCUCAGAUCUUAAGGCAUUGCCAUUUAUUUUAAAAAGCAACUUUCAGACAACUCCUAGGAUUUUAGUAUGUGCAUCUGAGGUAAAAAUCUGGUUCUGGGAAACUGAAACACAGUAACGUCUUCAUAUCAUCUCUGCAAAAAUAAAUAAGUAAAUAACUCUUUUUCAAAAAACAAUUGAGAAAUGAUGCAGUCAGCAAGACACACUGGAUGUGAUUUAAUAUUGUGUGUUAUUGUUACAUUUAAAUUUUAUAUAUAUAUAUAUAUUGCCAUGUAAUGUGUAUAGUAUUUGUGAUUCCACCAAGAAAUGAACUUAGUUCUGACAGGGAGGCUGUGGUUAAAUAGAUAGGAAUUUAAACUUGAGAGUCAAAUAUUCUUCAUGUUUGGAAGAAAACUCUCCUUGCUCAUCCAAGAAUUAAACCUAGUUGCCAGGUGGAAUGUAUAUUAAAUGCUACUUAAAAAAGUGUAGAAGAGAAUUUUGUUGUUUGUUUUGUUUUGUUUUGUUUGCUCUUUCAGAACAAACAUGAUAGGCACUGUAUGAUGCCUCCAAGGACUUUGCCAAAUGUAAUCUCACCUGCUUUUUUGUAUCCAUUGUUUCUAAGUGCAUUUCAGUUUCUGGAUCUUGCAGGUACAUGUCUCCAUGUGUAGAAAAUAAGUUCAUAGUAGGCCAGAAAACAAUAAAUCACAUUGAGGAAAUGCACCUUUAGGUCUACAUUAUAACUGACAUCAGCUUAGCAAUAGUGCAAGAUGCCCCUCCCAUAGAUUUGCAAAGCACGGGAGAAAAUCUUUCAUAAGUUCUGAUACUACUCUACGAUUUGGCCCUACUGUGACAGGUGUAAUCCUCUCUAACCUGUGAAACAUCCGCGUGCCUUUAGCAGCAGUGCUGUUAUGAGGUGUUCUGGGGACUAUGUGAUUGAGGUUCAUGGGAAGGCAGAGCGGGCAAGCCUGUUUUCAGGUUCUACUGAUGCCCAUCAUAUGUACUGGGCACUUAACCUUGCUGUGCUUCAAUAUGCUCAAUUGUAAAAUGGCUGUAAUAAAACACCUACCUCACAGGUGCUGUGAGAGCAAAUCGCAUUUGCUAAGUAUCAAGAUCCUUAGCUUGAAAGGUGCUAUGUA